CAAGGAGAAGAAGCGGCGGCUGACGGACAGCAGAAGAAGAGAGAUGGCUCAGAGAAAAACCAGCAAACUUUUCAUGACAGUGUUGUGUGUGGUGACGAUGUGCAGAGCCGUCCCCAUCAGCGACCUGAUCUAUCGAGCCUCUCAACACUCUGACAAACUGCACUCGCUCAGCACAAUGCUGACCCAGGAGCUGGGCUCUGAUUUAACUCCUAUAGGCAGGGUGCUCGCGUGCCACACAUCUUCUCUACAGACACCCAGCGACAAGGAGCAAGCACUCCAAGUAUCAGAGUCGGAUCUGUUGUCCCUGGCUCGCUCUUUGCUCCAAGCCUGGUCGGAUCCUCUCGUCAUCCUGUCCUCCUCCGCUAACGCCCUCCCUCACCCAGCCCAAAGCAGCAUAUCCAACAAGAUCCAAGAGAUACAGGAGUACUCCAAAAACCUCAAAGAUGGCCUGGAUAUACUAUCUAGCAAGAUGGGUCCAGCUGCUCAGACCAUCACUUCACUGCCCUACACAGAAAGCAACAACAUCGGCCAGGACAAGAUUACCAAACUGCUGUCCUGCUUUCGUCGGGACUCUCACAAGAUUGACAGUUUCCUGAAAGUCCUGCGCUGCCGGGCAGCAAAGAUCGAACCCGAAAUGUGCUGAAGCGUGAGCGGCCAGCUUGACCCUGUGGGGAGAUCGUUCUUAAAGCUUGUAUUGCUUACCAAGUAAAGAAUUGCUCACGCUAGGAAUUUACUACCUUAGAUAUUAUCCAGUUUGCUAAUUAGUAAGCAUCAUGAAGUUUCAGAGGAUAAACAUGAGGAGGAAUUAUAAGGCAUAUGCACACAGGAAGUCAUCCUUUGUUUGAUAUUUUAAGCACAGUCCAAAAAACAUUGAUCAUAGUGUCCACUGGUCACUGAGGAAAAUCUGUGUGCAAACUCUCCUGUGACUCCUUCUGUUGAAGCAGAUUCCCCUGAAAGCUAAUCUACUGAAGCAGAAAUCUAGGGCUUCAAAUUUUCUUCCUAACUAAUGCUUAACUGAUGAGAAACUGCAGCAUUUGCUCUUUAGAUUGAAUUAUAUCUUCUGAAAAAUAUAUAAAAAAAUGAA